CGUUCACAGAUCGAUUCGCAGGCGGGUGGUCGGCGUCUCACUAUCCACCACCGCGCCGCUCCGGUUUAAUUUCUCCUCGACCGGCCAGCGCAAUUCUGUGCCUCGAUCGAUCGGUCGUAAGGCAAGUGAGCAAGCUAUAUAUAUAUAUAUAUAUAUAUAUAUAUAGGAGAUUCUUCGAGCGAGCUAGUAGCGAGAUGGGUUCCGCCGUCCUCUUUUACUGCAUCUGCAUCGCCGCCGUCGUCGCAUUGUCGUCGUCCAUGGUCGCCGUCGGGUCCGCCGCCCCGGGGGAAACCCCCAAGUUCAUCUCGGCGAGCGCCCUUGAGUGCUCCGCUAACGUAACGGAAAUAGCAAAGGCGCGCAAGCUGAUCGAUGUCCAUGGCCACGGGCUGUGCCCGGUGCGGUUCGACCACACGCGCGGGAUCAGCGCGGUGGCCAGCAGCUGCAAGGACCGCCCGCUGCCGUCGCCGGAGCGCUGCUGCGGGGCGCUCAAGGCCUACGCGUGCCCCUACAGCGAGCUCAUCAACGACAACGCCAACAACGGCUGCGCCAGCGAGAUGUUCUACGUCAUCAUGACACGCGGCAGGCUGCGGCCGGGCCUCUUCUCGCAGCUGUGCGUCGAAGGCCCGCUGGGCCUCCAGUGCUGAUCAACACUGGCCUGCUGCCGCCCACCGCCCGGAAUCUAUCUAUCUAUCUAUCUCCUUGGAAACAUAUAUCAGACGAUGCCCCAGCGCGUGCCGCUGAUUUGAUGCAAGUAUGCGGUUUUCAUUUGUAAAUCGGAGUCGAUCCAUACUAAGCGAUACAGGAACACCCUGUAUCAAUUUUCACUUGUGAUGAAAUUGCACAUGUACUCAUUUGUUGUACACACAUACACACACAGAAAAAAAAACGUUAGAAUAUAAGAGGAUAUAUGUUUGUC